UCCAACGAAUGCUCACUUCAAUCAGCAGAGCAGAUCUGGAAUACUUACAACGAUGUCGCCCAAGUUUCUCAUCUAUUUGACAGUCGUGGCCGUUUUGAUGGUACUCAGCGCACCCGCAACAGAGGGCACGCUGUUCCUGACAAUGUGCCUAUUGCGAUCCCCUCUGUGCCCAUUCUUUACCACGACUCCACUGUGCCAGACGGGUAAAGUCUGGAACCCAGUUUACAAUAUUUGUGCUUGAGCCUUAAGCGGUCUGUAUAUUUGGAAAUCGCAUACUUUUGUGAUACUCGCAGAACAUUACGCCUACAAAUACCGUUAGCCAAUUGUAUUCGAAUUGAAGUCGUGAAUAAAUAUGUAACAUUCCAUUGCAUCAUCUGA